GAUGUCGGAUCGAUUGCCGUCUGAGGUUUGGAUGCAAAUUUUUGCUUUAGCCUGCCUCGAUUCUGGUGUCACCGGCCGUCACCUCUCCCUCGUCUGUCGUCAGUUUCACGACUGUUCAAAACCCUACAAGCUUCAGUCGAUCGCUCUGAAGAGAGGAAAACACAUCAUCGCUUUCCACCGACACAUCGCCCAACUUCCACCCCAGGAAAAGCGCGUCAAGUUCCUUCUCGUGCGAUGCCCGAACCUAUUCCUUGACGUCUCUGAUGACGAGGAAGACAUGGACUUCCAAGAUGACGACGCGAUGAGCCUCGACACCAGCGUCAAGAGCAGCGACUCGAACGGCAGCAUUGUCGACAUGGAGAUGUCGCCCGACGAGAUUGGUGACAUUGUCGCAGACGCCAAUGUCGAUUACCCCGACGUCCACUCCCCCAUGGAAGGUGUCCAGUCGGCCGUCGACGCCGAGAUCGGUGCCGCCGAUACUUUGGUCCUCGAAGCGUUCCGAGGCAUCAUGGAAGACAUCUCGUCCACUCUCACCCUACUCUAUGUCCACUGGGUCUCCAUGGCCCCUCUCCUAAUCGAAGACUUCCUCAUCCCCCUCCCACAUCUGGAGGAACUCUCUCUUCUUCGAGUCUGGACUUCGGAAGACGAGACGGCCCCCGAGAGCGACGACCCACCUCCCCUUCUUUUCCCAAAACUCAAAUAUUACUCUUGGUGGGGAUAUUACGAGGAGCGGUGCACGUCGCUCAGGGAGCAAAUCGAGCAUAUGGCGCCGAACGUCACAGACUUCCGCCUUUCUCUCGGCCAGAUAAGUCCUCCGCCAGAGAACCUCCGCCUCCCAGAAAGCGUUGAAAGACUCAUCAUCCUCUGGACGGAAGAGCGCAUGCCAGCGGCGCAUGCCCACUUCAAGCAGGUGGUGUUCGGCCCUGAAUUGGCCGGCUCGAGGACUGUGAAGUUCGUCGACAGCCAUGCCAACAAAGGCGAACUUGACGAGGAGGAUUGGGUGGCUGAAUGGCUUGAGCGGGUUGCUGGUGGCCCGGGUCCGUGGUA